UUUCGAGUCCCAUCACUAGCGCCAAGUGCCAAGUUUCUUGUUUACACUUAAUCGUACAUAAUAAAAUUAAAUUUUUAAAUCAGUCAAUUGCAAUAAAUUAACACUUUGGCAAUGUCUGAAAAUGUGCAUAUAGAUUUAUCUGGAGAAAUCAACGCUCCCUCCGAAAAGAAAGGUUUUCAAAAGUAUGUGUAUGAUGUGGAACUAUUGUUGCAGCAUGUCCGCAGUGGAGCAGCGCCUGCUCUGCUCAUGGGAGCUCUGUCCACGCGCAGACCAUGGACACAGUUUAUAGCUACUGAAAAUUUCAAAGCACCUCCAUCUCUACCAAGACUCACAAGGCGAUUCUACCGUAAUGUUGAAUAUUUUCAAGCUAAUUAUUUAGUUGUGUUCCUGGGAUUAUUUGCAUACUGUUUGAUAACCACUCCACUACUUCUGAUUGCUAUGGUGGCUAGCUUUUUUGGCUAUCGGAAAUUAACAUCAGGUCCCAACAACUGGAAGAUCGGAAGCUGGGAGCUGUCCAAAACCCAACAAUAUGGUGUUGCCGCAGCUGGUUCUAUGGCGCUCUGCUGGUUGGCUGGCGCUGGAGCUGUUCUCUUCUGGGUUCUUGGUGCAACAGUGACUGUCGUAGCGCUCCACGCGAGCUUCUUUGAUUCCGAGACAUUGCCUGCGGCCGACGACCCCGAACAAUUUCCCAUGAUCGAGCAAGUGUGACCCGGCCACCUUCCAUUGUACCUGCCGCAGCCUGACCGUUUGCAGGGCCCCACCGUUAUUAAUAAUUCUAGUUGUGCAUUUGAUUCAUAAAACCUAAUGUGUGCUUUGGUACAGUUAGGCGUAUGAAUUAGAUUGAUCAGUGACUAAACAACUUUGUAAUUUCAAACCGGUCAGUUGAUUUUCAGCAGCAGUCUCAGAUAGAUGAAGACCUUUAUUUAAAAUUGAGCUGAACGGAACACAAAAAUCAUAGGAUGCAUGAAAUAUUUUUUAUAUCAUUGUAAUCAAAAUUUUAUUACCUGAAGAAAAGAAUGACACCUACUAAACGAAACCAUUAUAGGUAAAAUAAAAAAAAUAAGUUUAUAUUUAUUUCUUACUGAGUUAUGUAUGUAUGAAUUAAGAGUUAAUUUUUAUUAUUUUAUUGAAAUGUUUUAAACGGAUUUAUUAAUGUUAUCUAAAAAAAUAUGUAUAUAACAUUUGUUGGUUCUUAAAUCUCAUGUCUGUAAAUAAAACUUAAAUGUGUAAUUUUAUUUUUACGGUAAACUAGUUUAAA